AUGGCCCUGUCUACUAUCCUGUUAGUUGUUUUGCUUCUGGGUUUUUCCGGCUAUGCUGCGGCGGAGGUAAGCAGCCGGAGCACGUACAUUGUCCACAUGGCGAAAUCCGAAAUGCCGGCGAGUUUCCAGCACCACACUCACUGGUACGACGCGUCGCUCAAGUCUGCCUCCGACUCGGCGGAGAUGCUCUACACUUACUCCAACGCCAUCCACGGCUUCUCCACGCAGCUGACGCCGGAGGAGGCGGAGAUGCUCAAGUUCCAACCCGGGGUGCUCUUCGUACUGCCCGAGCUGAAGUACGAGCUCCACACCACUCGCACCCCCGAGUUUCUCGGCCUCGACCAGAACAACGAGCUUUUCCCGGAGUCCCAGUCCGCCAGUGACGUCAUCAUUGGAGUGUUGGAUACUGGGGUGUGGCCCGAGAGCAAGAGCUUCGACGACUCCGGGCUCGGACCUGUUCCGGCGAGCUGGAAGGGGACGUGUGAAGUCGGCACGAACUUCAGCUCCUCGGCGUGUAAUCGGAAGCUGAUCGGCGCGAGGUACUUCUCCAAAGGCUACGAGGCCACAUUGGGCCCCAUCGACACUUCCAAGGAGUCCAAGUCGCCCAGAGACGACGACGGCCACGGGACCCACACCUCCACCACUGCCGCCGGGUCCGUCGUAACCGGAGCCAGCUUAUUCGGGUACGCGCCGGGAACCGCGCGUGGGAUGGCCACGCGCGCCAGGAUCGCCGCGUACAAGGUGUGCUGGUUAGGCGGGUGUUUCAGCUCCGACAUCCUCAUGGCCAUAGACCAAGCCAUCGACGACAACGUCAACGUUCUGUCGAUGUCGCUCGGCGGCGGAAUGUCCGACUAUUUCCGGGACAGCGUGGCCAUCGGAGCUUUCUCGGCGAUGGAGAAGGGGAUCUUGAUCUCGUGCUCAGCCGGAAACGCGGGCCCCAGCGCGUACAGUUUGUCCAACUCGGCUCCAUGGAUCACAACAGUAGGGGCCGGCACACUAGAUCGCGACUUCCCCGCGUUCCUCAGCCUCGGUAACGGUAAAAACUUUUCGGGGGUCUCGCUUUACCGCGGUAAUUCCGAGGCAACGGCUCUGGAGAUGACGCCGUUUAUUUACGCCGGUAACGCGAGUAACUCUACUUCCGGGAAUCUCUGCAUGAUGGGGAGUUUGAUACCUGAAAAGGUGAAGGGCAAAAUAGUAAUGUGCGACCGCGGAGUCAACGCUCGGGUGCAGAAAGGAACUGUAGUCAAAGCUGCCGGAGGAGUUGGGAUGGUGCUCUCCAACACCGGCGCAAACGGCGAGGAGCUCGUGGCCGACGCUCAUUUACUUCCGGCGACGGCGGUGGGUCAGAAGAACGCCGAUUUGAUAAAGAGCUAUCUGUUUUCAGAUCCGAAUCCGACGGCGGCGAUUCUCUUCGAGGGCACCAAAGUCGGAAUCGAGCCUUCUCCGGUGGUCGCGGCGUUCAGCUCCCGCGGCCCGAACUCGAUCACGCCGGACAUUCUGAAACCCGACAUGGUCGCUCCGGGCGUCAACAUCCUCGCCGGAUGGUCCGGCGCCGUCGGCCCCACCGGUCUGGCUGUUGACUCGCGGCGCGUGGCGUUCAACAUCAUCUCCGGCACGUCGAUGUCCUGCCCGCACGUGAGCGGCCUCGCCGCGCUGCUGAAGGGGGCCCACCCGGAGUGGAGCCCCGCCGCGAUCCGAUCGGCGUUGAUGACCACCGCCUACACGGCCUACAAGAGCGGGCAGAAGUUGCAGGACGUGGCCACCGGAAAGCCAUCCACGCCUUUCGAUCACGGUGCUGGACACGUGGAUCCGGUAUCGGCCCUCAAUCCGGGGCUAGUGUACGAUCUGACGGUGGACGAUUAUCUGAACUUUCUCUGUGCGUUGAACUACACCGAGACUGAAAUAACCAGCUUGGCUAAAAGAAAGUUUACUUGCGACGAAAGCAAGAGUUACAGCGUUAGGGAUCUGAACUACCCUUCUUUCGCCGUGAAUUUGGAGACCGGCUCGUCGUCUAAGUCAACCGUGUCGAAGUACUCGAGGACUCUUACCAAUGUAGGCCCAGCCGGAACCUACAAGGUGACCGUGACGCAGGACAACCCGAAUGUGAAGAUUACGGUGGAGCCAGAGUCGUUGAGCUUCGCCGCGGCCAAUGAGAAGAAGAGUUACACGGUGUCGUUUGCUGUAACAGGGUCGUUGCCGACAAGCACGUUGAACAGCUUUGGGAGGCUGGAGUGGUCUGAUGGGAAGCACAUUGUUGGAAGCCCGAUAGCAAUCAGCUGGAGUUAGGUGCGAGUGUAAUGCAACACAUAGUGUUUGAUGAAAUGUUCAAUCGCUCAAAGAGUGAUGUGAAUGUAUGGAUUGCGUAAUGCGUAAUGCUCUUAGUAUUAGAGAUAGGAGCUGUAUGAUUCUGAAAUUGUGAUGGUGAUUGUUUCCAGCUAAAAAUGGAAACUGGGAAUGAUUCUCAGGGUUGAGGUGCUUAAUUUCUUAGUUUCUUGGUGUACAGUGUUUUCUAGUUUGACAAUAACCCAGUGUAAUUUUGCAUUCAUGUC